AUGUCUACCCUAAGCGGGCCUUCAUCACUUGGUCGCAUGGGGAAUGGAGGACGUUUUGCCUCCAAUGAUGGCAUUGAUGUGCGAAAUCUCUCUUUUGGACAUGAAUCGUCGAGCCCCCAGGACUCGAUUACUCAUUACGGCCCUUCCGAUGCGGCUGAAACAUCCCGACAUGGGAAGUUGCAGGUCUCGUCUGGUGAAGGGACUGAGCACUCGUCGAGCAAGAAGCAGAAGCUAGAUCAUAUCAAAGUUGAAUCUUUGAACGGACAAACAUCGGAUCUUGACAGAAUAUUGGCGAAGAUUUCUCCAAAAAUGAUCACCCUUCCACGUUCCGAAACUGAUCGCUCUUCCGUUUCAUCCCAAAUCACUCCGGCCACAACAGUCUCAGCUUUAACCCUCACUGAAACCACUCAUCCAUACCCCCAGGAAGACAGAACGGUAGAGCUGCUUCGCCUUAAGCAGGAACUCCUUGCUGCAAAUUCCAAGAUUGCUCUACAGGAGCAAGAGCUUGCUCAAACCCGUGUGAUAAAACAUACCUUGGAUCAAGCUCUGGGUCCAUCAUCAGAGGCUGAAUUCGGAAGCCGCGAAAUUACAGAGCAGACCAUCAGUCACCUGCAGAAUGCAUUUGGCGCAUCGAGCUCUGCAUUCAGCCAGUUCCAAGAUGCAUGGGGUGGGCAAGACGAUUCACAAUCUGAUGUCUCGGAUCCAUUGUCUACAGGAGCUUACAACAGAUCUCGCGGGCUCUGGGCCCAGAAUGAGCCUGCCGCUGACAGGGAAUACGGAGAGAGCCUUUCAAGAGCCAGCAGCUCUACAAGCCAGGACCCAAAUCGGUUCUGGGGGUCUCCAAUUUUUAUCCUCCGUUUGCCGGUCCACCGUCUGUACAAUCACACAGAGCACACUCGGGUUCUUCAGCUAGUCCAUGUGGGUUCUACUCGCGUCCCAUUGGUGACCAGAUGCUAUACCCCCCAGGACCCAUCACCGGGACUCGUCGCUCCAUCACUCAAAGUAUCUACUUGGAGUGACUUUGCUCCUGUGUUGUCCUCCAGUGAGCAAAACCCAAAGUCACCCGCUUCGCCGAAGAGGCCUCCCAGCGCCUUUCAGCAGGUUGGGCUUUACUCUGUGCCCUCGUACCCCCCUCGACCGAUUGGAAGCCCCCUUUCACCUACUGCUACCGAAUUUACAAGCGCUAACACGAAUGAAACCGCAUGGAACAACUCGAUGAGCGGAAAUUCUAUCCAGACAUACGUGUCACCGCUUGAGCCACUCAAUUACCGACGCCUGCUCGACAAGAAUGUGUCAUGUGAUUGGAAGUACAUAGUAGAAAAGAUAAUCUGCAACAAUGACCAACAAGCUUCGAUUUUCUUACAACAAAAGCUCAAGGUCGGCACAGCCGAGCAAAAAUACGACAUCAUCGAGUCAAUUGUGCAUCAAGCCUACCCACUCAUGGUCAACCGCUUUGGGAACUUCCUCAUACAGCGCUGCUUUGAACAUGGAACUCCGGAGCAAGUCAUCGCCAUCGCCAAUUCGAUCAGAGGCAACACGCUAAACCUUAGCAUGGAUGCGUUCGGCUGCCAUGUGGUCCAAAAGGCAUUUGACUGCGUUUCAGAGGAGCAUAAAGCUAUCAUGGUACAUGAACUUCUCCGCAGAAUUCCCGAGACAGUGAUCCAUCGAUAUGCGUGCCACGUUUGGCAGAAACUCUUUGAACUCCGGUGGAGUGGUGAUCCUCCGCAGGUGAUGGCUAAAGUGAAUGAGGCAUUACGUGGAAUGUGGCAUGAGGUUGCCCUUGGAGAGACAGGAAGUCUAGUCGUCCAAAAUAUCUUUGAGAAUUGCGUGGAGGAGGAAAAGCGGCCGGCAAUCGAAGAAGUACUGGCGAAGAUUGAUGUACUCGCUCAUGGUCAAUUUGGAAAUUGGUGCAUCCAACACAUUUGCGAGCACGGCGCUCCCCACGACAAGAGCCGUGCUGUUGAGCACGUCCUUCGCUGGGCGGUGGAUUACAGUAUGGAUCAAUUCGCAUCUAAGAUCGUGGAAAAAUGUCUCAAAAUUGGCGGCACGGAGUUCAUGGACCAUUAUCUCUCUCGUGUCUGCACUGGCCGAUCUGACCGACCUCGCAUGCCAUUGAUCGAUAUAGCGGGUGAUCAGUAUGGGAACUAUCUCAUCCAGUGGAUUCUGAUGAAUGCUGCGCCUCAUCAACGAGAGCUCGUGGCUAGUCACAUUCGGAAACAUAUGGUCUCCCUUCGUGGCUCCAAAUUCGGCUCUCGUGUGGCUAUGCUUUGCUGCAACCCAUCUCAUGCCACACGCCCUGGUCCUGGGGCUGGAAUGCAAAUCGGCCGUUUCAACAAUUUCAACGAAGACAAAUUUACUAGCACAAGCCAAUCCAGUGGUCGUUUUGGCCGCGGACAUCAAUGGGGACCCAAUUAUGCGCCGCUUCGUUGA